GAAAUGUUACGUCUGCCUACACAGCUACAGUUUUGAAGGAUCAACAAGAAAAUCAAAGGUUCGUUGGUCAAUUAAGAAAAAAAGACAUCACAAGUGAAGAUUCAAAGUUGCGAAAAAUAGAAAACCUGGGAGAAGCUUCCAAGCGGAAGCGUGAAGAGGAAGAAGAACAAGUGAUGGUGGAAUCAAGUGAGAAAUCCCCUCUUCAAGACUUAACCGAUAAUCAAUUUUCCGAGAAUAUGAAAUCAAUCUGUCGACAUCACAAUGAGCUAUAUUCAAAUGACGAAACUUUAAUUAAUUUACGGCCUAAUUCGAACUUUAUCAAGCAACUUCCUUUCAGUAUUCUGGUACCAUACCUUAAGGAGCUUGAUGAUAGAAUCGAAAAUUUAAUUACAUCAGAUGUACAUGAAUUCCUAACGAAGUUCUUUCAUCAAAAUUUGACGGGCGAAGACUGGCAUAUCAAGAUUGAUGAUCUGCGCUGUCCAGAUCAAAGUGAUCCAUUGAUGGUAUCAGUUGUGCGAAUUUUGCGCAAAACGUUGCCAUUAUUCAUCAUCGCUUUUUCAAUGGGACCACGAAAGCCUCUACUUAACUUAGUUACAUUAGAAAAACCACAUCUGAACUCUUGUCCAUCCAUGCUUGCAGGCGUGUCUUUGAAAUUGGGUCUAAACCGCGAAUGCGCUGAUGGAUUAGGAUACUUGAAUACAGCUGAUAAAUUCCAGCUGGUGUAUGUAGAAGGGUCACGGCCAAUAGCAAAGGAUGAUAAAGAGAUCGCAGAUUCCACGAAGAUUUCGAAUAACCUUCAAAAAAUGUUCCUAAAUAUCCUUUCGCCUUCGAAUCCAUUUACAAUUCUUGGACUAUUGUGGGGAAAGCUCAGGCUCAAUGAAGUAGAUAAUGCUAAUCUUCCAAGGGACUUCACAGAGAUGGAUGACUUUGUAUUGUUCUAUGAAUGCGUGAUAAAGUGUGCUUUGUUAGCUCGGGAAGUCAAGGAAGGAUUCGAGGAACCAAGGGCGCAAAAGAGGCCUUCAAGGCUCUCAUACAUUAAUAGCCUGAGUUCAGUGGAUAUUCUAUAA